AUGGACAAUGUAUCUACCACAAGUGAUAAAAGUAAUUCAAGUCCCACUUAUGAAGAUUAUUUGAAAUUAGCUACUGAUCCACAAUCUACUGUAGUAUUGGAACUAGAUCCAAAUGGCAUUAUUCAAUACAUUUCAAAACAAUGGUUGGAGAUUGUAUCAUUUAAGGGGAAUGGCAAUAGUCAUGAGUUGCCUAUUUGGAAGCCAAUCAAAGAUUUGAUCAAAGGUGACUUAAAUGACAAGUUGGUGUUUGAAAGAGCCAUGGAGUUAAUGCUACAAAAUGAUAAUAUCAGCUAUACUGUCACUUUCACCACGUUGGAUGAUUUAAUUUUUGAAGCGUCAGGGAUUUUAAUCUUAACUGAUACCAAGGUUCCCAGUCAUACUAUGUGGAUAAUAAAACCUUUUGUAGAUAUUAAUCCAUUAGGUACAGCAAAUUCUAAUUUGACAAAUCAACUUUAUCAGAUUAAUGAUCCGCAAUUUUGGAAAAAAUUGGGUUAUGGGGCCACUUAUUUAAAUGAUUACCUAAAUGAAAUUGUCAAUUCAAAUAUCGUUAAUGAAAUAGAUUUACCUCCACCAAGGUUGGAACUUUGUCGUGUUUGUGAAUGUUUUGUCCCGGACUGGUGGUUGGAGUUACAUUGUCAGACUUGUAUUGUGGAACACCGAAUAGAAUCUAUUAUCCAAUUGUUGCAUGAUAAUUUAGUCGAUCAAUUGAAUCUUUUAACUAAAUUGAUUGACAAUAACAACGAUAGCAGUAAUAACAAUAAUAUCACCAACACUAUCACCACUACUUCUACGACUAUUACUACUACUAAUAAUAAUAACAACCAGAGUAUACUACUAGAACAUUUUACUUAUAAAGGUUUACCAUUAGAGUAUAAAUCUGCUUCUCAUGUCAUCAAUAUAAUAUAUUCUUUAAUUCAAUUAUGUCAAUGGGCAAUAAAUAUUAAUACAAGUGAACUGAUCUUAAAAUAUCAUAAAUUUAAUAGUAAUAAGACUAAUGGUGGUAUUACUAAAAAUACUACGAAUCAUGACCAUUUAAUGUCAUUUUUAAAACAAAAUAUAGACAACUACAAUAAUAGUGAGAUCCCGCAAGAAAGUCGGGAAAACACAGGUUGGAGUUUUGAAUUCUCACCAAAUACAAAAUCCAAUAUUAAAAGAAUCCAACUAUGGGAAAAUCCAUUAAAUAACAUAGAUAAUCAAGAAGUGUUACAAUUAGAUAUGAAUACCAAUGGCUUAUCUUUAUUAAUUAAUGAUACAAUACAAUUAGCUAAGGAAAAAGUUGAUGCUGUUGUCAGAUUAGAUAAUACUAUGACAUAUUCAUGGACCAUCAAGAAUGAAAUUAACAAUGAUAUUUUGAAAGUAAUUAAUAACCAAUUAGAGAUAAAUUCUUAUGAACUUUUAAAUACUAAAAAAGAACUUUUUUCAACAGAAUUAGAUGGCCUUAAUAGCACUAGGGGUAUUGAUAAUACUGACGAUGAAAAACUGCCUAAAUUAGAAUCGCCACAACCAUCAAAGAGAAAAUUUUUUGCUGAUUCUUAUCUACAAAAUGAUGAUAUUCCCUCACUAUCAACACAACCAGAAGUUAAUAAAAAAAUAAAUUCAAACAACAAUCACCUCUCUCAUUUGUCUGUGCCAAAUAGUGAGAGCCCUGUUCCAGAUAUAAUAGCCCCCAAACCAAUAUCACAGAAAUCAUCUAGAUCAGUCACCCCAAGUACACAGUUAGAUUUUGAAAAAAACACAGAUAAUAUAAUUGUGCACCCUACUAUACGACAGGAGGAUGGUAGCAUUAUUGUACAUGAUAUGAGUAUUAAAAAUGAUAGAAGUGAUGCUGUAGGUUCUAUUGUUUCUAACUCUGAUCUGAAAAUUGAAACAUCAAACUCUAAUAUCUUGAAAACAACCGAUUUAAAUAACGAUAAUACUACAGCAAAUAUUAGCGUGCCUUUACAGCGUAUAAGAAAUAGAAUAUCAGAACCAGUAAUUUAUUCAAGCAACAAUAUGGAAAAAUCAGAAAAUAAUAACAAUACAUUAUAUCCAAAAGUAUUUUCUACAAUAUCAUUAACACCAAGAAGAGGAUCACCUUUAUUAAUACAAAGACCAAACAGUAUUAAAGCACCCCUUUUACUCUCAGAAAAGUCACCAUUGAAUUCCCCCUUUAUUACUGGUAGAGAAUUUCUUACUCCUGAACAAUAUCCUAAUAUUUUAAAUUCGCCAAACCAACCAUUAUCACCUUUACUAUUAGCAACAAAUCAUUUUAAGAGUCCCACACCAAGCAUAAAAGAUUAUGAUAUUUUGAAACCAAUUAGUAAAGGUGCUUAUGGAAGUGUUUAUCUGGCUAGGAAAAAAUUAACUGGUGAAUAUUUUGCUAUCAAAGUUUUGAAAAAAUCGGACAUGAUUGCUAAGAAUCAAGUAACAAACAUCAAAUCAGAAAGAGCUAUAAUGAUGGUACAAAGUGAAAAAUCUUAUGUUGCUAAACUAUUUGCCACUUUCCAAAAUAAGGAGAAUUUGUUUUUGGUGAUGGAAUAUCUACCUGGAGGAGAUUUAGCUGCAUUAAUUAAGAUGAUGGGUUAUUUACCAGAUAAAUGGUGUAAACAAUACCUGAGUGAAAUUGUUUGCAGUGUUGAUGAUAUGCAUCAAGAAGGAAUUAUUCACCAUGAUUUGAAACCUGAUAAUUUAUUGAUUGAUUCAAAAGGGCAUAUUAAAUUAAUUGAUUUCGGACUUUCUAGAGCAGGUUUAGUUAAAAGACAUAAGGUGAUUUAUGCAACUGAUAAACCUUCUUCUAUAAUUUCAAGUAAUCCUUCUACUCCAGAAUCUACUAGUUCCAGUAACAAUUUUCCUUAUCGCGUAAGAAAAUUAUCUAAUUCUAAGCAGUACAUGGAUUCUAUUGACAGUUCACGACAAACACCUCGUUCAACAUCGAUAAUAGAUCCAAUUUAUAGCAUAGGUAAUGAUAUUCACAGUUUAAAGAGAACAGAAUCUCAACUAUCUUUUUCCAUGAUAGAUGUGUCUAGAUCAAGCACACCACCACCUCCAACAUUAUUAAAUUCACAGACUGCAUCUGUAAGUACUACCUCCGCAAGAACAGUCACUGGUGGUUCCCAUAUUGACAGUAGCAUUUCAACUAGUGGUAAUGUGCUUAUAGGAAACACUUCUUCUGAAAUGGAAAAUCAAACUUUAGCACAUAAUAUCAGUACUCCAGAACGUCCAAGAAUUGGUUCCAUUGAUUCACAAGAACUGCGUAUUAAUACAGUUAAUUCUACAGCAUCGAAAAUUAACAUUAAUAGUAUAAAUAAUAGUGUAUCUGCGGCUAUGUCAGAUUUGGCUUUAUUUCAUCCUGGGAACCCUAAAAAGAACAAACGAUUUUUCGGUACUCCAGACUAUCUGGCACCGGAAACUAUUCAAGGCACUGGUGAGGAUGAAAAUUGUGAUUGGUGGUCUGUUGGUUGUAUAUUUUUUGAAUUGCUGCUGGGAUAUCCUCCUUUUCAUGCAAGCACUCCAGAAAAGGUAUUUGAAAAAAUUCUUACCUGUGAUAUACAAUGGCCCGGAUUUAGUUCAAUAGAAGAAGAAAAAGAGGUUAUUUCUCCUGAAGCAAAAGAUCUAAUAUUAAAGUUGCUUGUUACCGACCCAAAGAAACGUUUAGGCUCCAAAGGCGUAGAAGAAAUCAAAAAUCACCCGUAUUUAAAAGAUGUAGAUUGGAAGAAUGUAUAUGAAGAAGAAGCCUCUUUUGUUCCUAAUAUUGAUAAUCCUGAGGAUACUGAUUAUUUUGAUUCGCGUGGUGUAGCUUUUCAAGAUUUUGAUGAUGACAGUCCAAAACACAAUGAAGAAAGUAGAUUUGAAGUUGAAAAUACUAGUUCUUUAAACCAGGGUACAAGCAUUUCCAAUAGUAACUUGGACGUUCCUGAAAUUCAAACCAGUAUGAUACCCAAUCCAUCAUUACAGACAGACAUAUCAUCUACACCAUCAUCAGUAAAAUGGAAAAGUUUAUCAGCCUCUAGCCCCAGUUAUAAAGAGAGAGAAGGUAUGAGAGAUAUGGUUAAUAAACCUAUGAAUAAAUUAAGUAUAUCUUCUGUAUUAGAAUCACUUUCUACUGAUAUAAGUACAGGCCCACGAAAUUCUACUAAAAGCCUUUCUUUGGCAAUCCCAGCACAUAUGAGGGAAAGAAGAGUUAGUAAACUGAGUGAAAGUCAGACAGAAUUCGGAUCGUUUUCUUUUAGAAAUUUAUCAGCGUUAGAUAAAGCAAAUAAGGAUGCAAUAAACAGAUUAAAGAACGAACAUAUGAAUGAGUUUUCAGGACACAGAAGACGAUCAUCAGGAUCUCAAGCUGGCUCAUCAUCAGAUAAUUCGUUUGGGAAAGCACGAACAGGUAGAUUAUCGAUUAAUGGAUCACCAGCAAUUAAUUCUAUUACUAGAAAUAUUGUUAAAUCAGAUAAUUCUUCAAUAAGAUCCUAUUCGCCAGAUAGGUCCAUAAGUUUGGAUCAAUCAAUAACAUCAAGAAAAGGCAGUAAUGCAAGUGUGCUUGAAAAUUCUAUGAAUAUUAAUCCACUGAUAACAAAUGCAACUAAUCUUCAUUCAAAUAAUUCUUUAUAUUUUAGUGACACGGAAUCACCUAUAACUGCAAAAUUUAAAUCUCCAUUGUCACCAUCGUAUGCUGCUCUUCCUCAAAAAACUCGAUCAUUGCAAAUUUCUUCAACAAAACAAAGGAGAAGUUCCAGUGAAACAGGAAGUGAAACAGAUGAUAGAUUGAAUGCUGUAUCAAGAGUUAAUUUUUUAAGGUAUAGAAGAAGAAGUCAGCGUAGAAGUGGAAAUGCUAAUCAGGAAAUUGGGUACCAAUUGGAUAUUCUACUGUGUGAACCGAUUCCUAUCCAUAGAUACAGAGCUACCAAAGAUCUUGAAAGUUUAGGAUGCACUGUAGUGAGUUGUGGUGCUGGUGAUGAAUUGGUCUCUCGAGCAACUAGUGGAGUCAAGUUUGAUCUUAUUAUAACUACUCUUCGACUUAAAAAACUUGGUUCAAUCGACAUUGUCAAGCUUUUAAGAAGAACAUACGGAAUUAAUUCCAACACACCGGUGAUCGCUAUUACGAACUAUUAUCAAGAAGCAUACAAUUCGCAAGCAUUUGAUGAGGUGGUAGAGAAACCGGUUGAUAUUGAAGAUUUACGCAGAAUUAUUGCAAAAUAUGCAUUAAAGAAGAGCCAAGAAGAAGAGGAUACAAUUUUCAGUGAUAAUGAUGACUUCCAUCUAACGUAA